UAGCCGCCAUCUUGCUUCUUUUUCUCGCUCGCUCUCUCCCUCUCGGGAAGCAGCGAAAGUGCUUUGGCGGUUUGACCAUCCGUGGCUUUGGCUGUCUCAGCCCGGUGGCCUUUCCAACUACCUCCCUCACCCCAACUUCCCCUGCCCCUUUCCUUGAUCAGAUCUCGGCGAGACCCUCGGAGUGCGGAAACUUGACACUAACCCUGGCGGACUGAUUUUAAGGGGUGUGGCAGGAGGUAUUGGACUCGAUGAGUUUCCACCGAAAUGUCGGAGAAGUCAGGCCAGACCACAAAAGCAAAGGAUGGGAAAAAGUAUGCAACACUCAGUUUAUUUAAUACAUACAAGGGAAAAUCAUUGGAAACUCAGAAAACUACAGUUGCAGCUCGACAUGGGUUGCAAAGUCUUGGAAAAGUUGGAAUUUCACGGCGUAUGCCUCCACCUGCUAAUCUCCCAAGUCUGAAAGCAGAAAACAAAGGCAAUGAUCCUAAUGUGAAUAUUGUGCCUAAAGAUGGCACAGGAUGGGCAUCAAAACAAGAGCAGCAUGAAGAAGAAAAAGCACCAGAAGUGUCACCAGCACAGCCAAAACCUGGGGUUGCAGCUCCCCCAGAAGUAGCACCUGCUCCCAAAUCAUGGGCCAGUAACAAGCAAGGUGGGCAAGGAGAUGGAAUCCAGGUGAAUAGUCAAUUUCAACAAGAAUUUCCCAGCCUGCAGGCAGCUGGGGAUCAGGAAAAAAAAGAUAAGGAAGCAAAUGAUGACAACUAUGGACCUGGACCCAGUUUACGCCCACCAAAGGAAGAGCCAGUUUUCACUAGACAAGAUAGCAAUCGCAGUGAAAAGGAGCCCACACAAGUGGUACAUGAAACAGAACCAGAGUCAGGGUCUCAACCUCGACCUGCCAUGUUAUCUGGCUAUUUCAAACAGUUUCAGAAAUCAUUACCACCACGAUUCCAACGACAGCAGGAACAAAUGAAACAGCAGCAGUGGCAGCAGCAACAACAGCAAGGUGUACAUCCACAGCCUGUUCCUUCUCAACCAUCUAGUAGUACUGUCCCUCCUCCACCACACAGACCUCUUUAUCAGCCCAUGCAACCUCACCCUCAACAUUUGGCUUCCAUGGGUUUUGAUCCAAGGUGGCUUAUGAUGCAAUCCUACAUGGAUCCUAGAAUGAUGUCAGGAAGACCUGCUAUGGAUAUUCCACCAAUUCAUCCUGGAAUGAUUCCUCCUAAGCCAUUAAUGAGAAGAGACCAGAUGGAAGGAUCACCAAGCAGUUCUGAGUCAUUUGAGCAUAUAGCUCGAUCUGCAAGAGAUCAUGCAAUUUCCUUGUCUGAGCCUCGUAUGAUGUGGGGAUCAGAUCCCUAUCCUCAUACUGAGCCGCAACAGGCAACCACUCCCAAGGCAGCUGAAGAACCUGAGGAUGUAAGGCCCGAAGCUGCAUUGGACCAAGAACAAAUUACUGCUUAUCCUGUAGAACAUAGUCAGUUGGAGACUCAUCCAAAAGCAGACUUUGUCAGAGAAUCAAGUGAAAUAGAAGUACAAAAGUUUUUAAGCAGAUCUGUGGAAGACAUUAGACCUCACCAAACUGAUACAAAUAAUCAUUCUGCUUGUUUUGAAGUACCUGAUCAAAAGACCUUAUCCACUCCUCCAGAAGAAAGUCAGCCUGCUCGGAAAAGAAGUGUUUCCCAUGGAUCUAACCAUACUCAAAAAUCAGAGGAGCAAAGAAGUGAGCCGUCUAUAAGCAUUCCUAAAAUAUCCAGAUGCAUUGAUUCAAAAGAGCCAACAGAAAGACCGGAAGAGAAGUCAAGAAAGGAUGGCUUUAUACGAUCAUCUGAAGGACCAAAACCAGAAAAGGUAUAUAAAUCUAAGUCAGAAACUCGUUGGGGCCCAAGGCCAAGCUCCAACAGAAGGGAAGAAGGUAGUGAUAGACCUGUGAGGAGAUCAGGUCCUAUUAAAAAACCUGUACUUAGAGAUAUGAAAGAGGAACGGGAGCAGAGGAAGGAGAAGGAAGGAGAAAAGGUUGAAAAGCUGCCUGAAAAAGUAGUUAAACCUGAAAAGAUGGAAAAGAAAGAUCUUCCUCCCCCCACACCUCCUCCAGCAUUGAUUCAGCCACAAUCAGUUCCCCCACCAGUACAACCAGAACCAGAGAAACUUCCUUCAAAAGAAACUUCAGCUUCAACUCAGAAGCCAUCUCAAGAUACUGAGAAGCCUGUGGAAGUCGUGACUAGUGUUCAGGUAGAGCCUGCAGUUAAAGCUGCAAACCAACAAAAUGUUACAGUACCAGCAGUCAAAGAAGAGAAGCAGCCUGAGAAAGUAAUCAGCAAAGAUGUUGGUAUAGAGAGACCUCGACAAGAUUCAAGAUCAUCAAUUAAAAAAGAAUCCACUUUGCCCCCUAGGACCUACUGGAAAGAAACUAGAGACAGAGAUUGGUUUCCAGAUCAAGGAUAUAGAGGCCGAGGCCGAGGCGAAUAUUACUCCAGAGGUCGAAGCUAUAGAGGCUCUUAUGGAGGACGUGGAAGGGGUGGUAGAGGGCAUACUAGAGAUUAUCCUCAGUAUAGAGACAAUAAGCCCAGAACAGAACAUGUACCCUCAGGCCCGCUCAGACAGCGAGAAGAAAGUGAAACACGAAGUGAGAGUUCUGAUUUUGAAGUUGUCCCUAAAAGAAGACGACAGCGGGGUUCAGAGACUGACACCGACAGUGAAGUUCAUGAAAGUGCAAGUGACAAGGAUAGUUUAAGCAAAGGCAAACUUCCCAAAAGAGAAGAGCGUUCUGAAAACAAAAAACCUAUAAAGCCUCAAUCUUCUUUCAAGCCUGAAAAUCAUGUUCGAAUAGAUAAUAGGCCACUAGAAAAGCCUUACAUGAGGGAUGAUGAUAAAUCUAAACCAGGCUUUCUUCCUAAAGGCGAGCCUACUAGACGAGGCAGAGGGGGAACAUUCAGACGUGGUGGAAGGGAUCCUGGAGGCCGUCCAUCACGUCCUUCUACCUUACGAAGACCUGCUUAUCGGGACAAUCAGUGGAAUCCAAGGCAGGCAGAAACACCUAAACCAGAAGAUGGAGAGCCACCAAGAAGACAUGAUCAGUUUAUUCCUAUUCCAGCCGAUAAACGACCUCCAAAAUUUGAACGAAAAUUUGACCCUGCUAGAGAGAGGCCCCGAAGGCAACGUCCUACCCGACCACCAAGGCAAGAUAAACCUCCUCGAUUUAGACGACUAAGAGAGAGGGAGGCUGCUUCAAAAACAAAUGAGGUGGUGGUACCCACAAAUGGCACAGUUAAUAACGUGAUUCAAGAACCAGUUAAUACUGCUGCAGAUAUUUCAGGGAAUAAGACACCAGAUUUAUCUAAUCAGAACUCUUCAGAUCAGGCAAAUGAAGAGUGGGAAACAGCUUCUGAAAGCAGUGAUUUCAAUGAGAGGCGUGAGAGGGAUGAAAAGAAAAAUGCCGAUUUGAAUGCACAAGCAGUUGUAAAGGCUGGAGAGAGUGUCUUACCUCCAAAGAGGGAAAUAGCCAAGAGAAGUUUUUCUAGUCAAAGACCUGGGAUAGAUCGGCAGAAUAGACGUGGCAACACUGGUCCACCCAAAUCAGGAAGGAAUUUCUCAGGCCCCAGGAAUGAAAGAAGAAGCGGCCCACCAUCAAAAAGUGGGAAAAGAGGGCCAUUUGAUGACCAGUCUGCAGGCACAGCUGGUGUUGAUCCUGUUAAUAGCAACCCUGCACACCACCAGGAAGGAAUACCUAAUGGUACAGGGCAGAAGAAUUCAAAGGAUACCACUGGGAAAAAAAGAGAAGACACCAAACCAGCUCCUAAAAAAGCCAAAGAGAAAGUAGAUGCUCUAUCACAGUUUGAUCUCAACAAUUACGCAAGUGUUGUUAUAAUUGAUGAUCAUCCUGAAGUAACAGUAGUUGAAGACCCCCAGUCAAAUUUAAAUGAUGAUGGUUUUACUGAAGUGGUAUCCAAGAAACAACAAAAACGUUUACAGGAUGAGGAACGCCGAAAGAAGGAAGAACAGGUUACACAGGUCUGGAACAAAAAGAAUACAAAUGAAAAAGGAAGAAGUCAGACUUCCAAGCUUCCUCCAAGAUUUGCCAAAAAACAGGCUACAGGAACCCAACAAGCCCAGUCUCCAGCCUUAGUUCUUGCCUCAGUUCCAGUUCCAAUCUCAGCCUCGACUCCAGUUCUAACAUUACCUGCAGCUUCAGUUCCAGCCUCAGCAGCAACUCCAGUUCUAACAUCACCCACAGCUCUAGCUCCAGCCUCAACCCCAGCUCCAGUUCUGACCUCAAACUCAGCUCCGGUUCCAACCUCAGCCUCAGGUCCACUUCCAGCCUCCACUUCAGCUACAGCCACAGCCUCCUCUUCAGCUCCAGUCUCAGCCCCACCCCCAACCCCUAUCCUUUCCUCAGCUUCAACCCCAGUCUCUGUCCCAGUUCUUGCAUCAGCCUCAAUUCCUAUCCUUGCUUCAGCCCUAGCACCAGCUUCAGCUCCAGCCCCAACCCCAGUAGUCUCAGCCCCAACUGUGCCGACCCCAACUGCCCCAGCUUCAGCCACAACAGCCUCAGUACCACUUGUCCCUUCCUCAGCUGCUGCAGCCCCUGCCCCAGCCUCAACUGCUCCAACCCUCACCACGUCGCAGACCCACAAACCAGUCCAGAAUCCAUUGCAAAUUUCAACACAGUCUUCAAAACAGCCACCACCUUCAAUUAGGCUACCUUCUGCUCAGACACCCAAUGGCACAGAUUAUGUAGCCACAGGAAAAUCCAUGCAGACCCCACAAUCACAUGGCACUCUUACUGCUGAAUUAUGGGAUAACCGUGCCCCUCCAGCUGUGCUGAAUGACAUCUCUAAGAAAUUAGGUCCUAUUAGUCCACCUCAGCCACCGUCAGUCAGUGCCUGGAAUAAGCCAUUAACAUCAUUUGGAUCAGCUGCUUCAUCAGAGGUAGGAAUAAACUUAAUAGCAUUAGUGGGAUUUUUGCUUCAGAUUUUUUUUUUUAAAGCAAUUUCUUAAACUUACCAUGUUUUAGAAUAAUGUGGAGGGCUGUUAUCACAUUGCUGGUCCUAUGUUUAGAGUUUCUGAGUCAUUACACCUGAAUUGAGAUCUGAGUAUGUGUCUAACAGGUUUCCAGAAAAGACCUUGUGAUAAUUUAUAAGUGC